AUGCAGGGGAUUUUCGAUGUUCGCUGGCUGUCGCGGGGCGAUGCUGUUUCGAGACUUGUCGCUGUGCAAAACACCUGCGCGAAGUUGAACGCGCGCUAUGUGGAGUACGGGGUGAACCUCGCGGAGGACAGCGAGCACCUCACUGCCUUCCUCGAAGCGCACUCCCAUCCGUCCAAGCGGGUGGUCCAGGUGGAGGGGAUGGAUGGAGACGGCAACGCCGUCAAACACACCUUCAAGCUGCACGAGCUGGAUGCGAAGAAGAAAGAGGAUCCCACGGGUGACGUCGAGUCCUGCGUGUCCCUCGCCACCCUGUUUGCGAAGGAGGUGAUCGGCAGGCUACAGUACCGCAUGCGAAGCUUGAAGUCACUCGUUGGGUCCAAGAUAUUUCUGCCAGACGCCUAUCCGGAUGGCGUGAACAAGCGCGACCGUCUGUGCGCGGAGUGGUUCAGCUCCCUUCGCAAGAUGUUCAACGCCGAGCAGUGCGCUCUGCCAGGUACAUGUUUUCAAAUUCCGCGUUGUCCCUAA